AUGGCGGCUAACUCAACUGUGCAGCACUACCGAACGAUAGGGCUGGAAAUUCUCGAUGAGUUGAAGAUACUAUCUACAAAUAUUGCAGUGGCUCAUAAAAGUAAUUUACAUUUGCCUACGCCGCCGGCUGAGGGCCCAAGUUUGAAUGCCGAAUUAAACGCGGGCGAUAAAAAUGAAAAUAUGGCUGACAACUCUGGAUGGCUAUUUUUGGGCAAUAAGAAGGCAUGGAAAGCAUCGUGGCUUGAGUACAAUCAAAAGCAAUUACUUCGUCUGGGGCAGGAAAGAAGAGCUGAGCAAGCUAGAAGUAGAAGGAGGCGAAAUCGAAGGCAUGUAGAUUCUCGUUACAUCAACCAACGAAGCAAUAAUAAUAAUUACAACAGGAAUCGUAACGUCGCACAUAACAACUAUAAUAACGUACAUAACUACCUUAGGCAAAACAACUACAACAACCGCAGAAAUAUCAACAAUAACAUCAACAAUCACCGCAGAAAUAUCAACAAUAACAUCAACAAUCACCGCAGAAAUAUCAAUAAUAACAACGUGAACUUCAGAUCCAACAGCUAA